AUGUCGGACUCUUGUGGCGACAAAUGCGAAACGCUGGAAUGGCUCCGUGAGCGUAUCCACAAUAAGAAACACUUUACCGCCCGUUUCAUUGGUCAGAUUGCGGACGCAUCUGGAAUGGAUGCCGAAUUGAUUGUCAAAAUUUUCGGCGGCGUCCUUUUUGUCAUUCUCGUUUUCAGUGAUCAUGCUCAUUUCUUUGCCAACCAACUUCUUGUUCUUGUUCCCGCUCUCCUCAUCUUUGUAUUCCCAGCCGAGAAACCAACGGAUGACUCUCUGUUCAUCUACUUCUCGUUGUUUGGAGCUCUGACUGUGAUGGAUCGGAGUUUGGAACGAAUCCCGUGUUACUACAUUUUCAAACUGGCUCUCUUUGUUUUGCUCUACGUUCCACCAUAUGAGUUACAUAAGAGAAUCAGUGAACUCAUUCAGGAACAACUCAAAAAACAGAAGAGCAAUGAGAAUGUAUCCGAAAUAAGCCGCAGCCAACGUACCACUCCAAAGACUAACCAAUCGACCAGAACUGCCCUUCCGCCACCACCUCCGCAACCAGUUCAAGAACAACCGAAACCUGUCGAGCAAGCACCAGCUUCAGCUCCGGAACCAGUGCCAGUUCCAGUCCCAGUUGAACAACCACCACCACCUCCUCCAGUCGAGCAAGCUCCACCACCACCAGCACCAGCACCAGCACCAGUGGCAGAAGCUCCCCAAGCUCAACAAGAACCACCUGCACCAGCAGACCCAGAGCCGAAACUUCCAUCUUCAAGAAGUCAUUCCGAUUUGGCUGGUGGCUCUCAACGUCUGAAAUCGGGACCCAAUCCAAUGCAAUCCAACUCAUUCUACAACCUGAGAUCGGAAUCCAAUGGAUUCAACUCUCGAGCAAUCAGCCCAGCGGGAAAUUUGAAUGACAUGAUGUUCCUACCAACCGGUAAACUUGUCUUCAAUGCUCCAUUUGACUAUGAUAACCUGACGUAUCACAUGAAAAUCACCAACAACAGUCGUCAUCGUAUCGCUUAUGCAGUCAAAGGAAACGCUGUGCCACGUGUCAUGGCUAACCCUGCAUUUGGAAUUUUGAAUGUGGAAGAGAUGAGAAUUGUAGCAGUUUCGGUACAGAAGUUUGCAUGGAAUGACGUCGACUUUCAAAAGGAUCGUAUCGCAUUUGAUUAUGUUCUGUUGCCUGAUGACAACAAGGAGAAUACGUUCCAGAUGUCCAUGUUCCAACAAUCAGACAGUAAAAUACGCAAGAACAUCAAGAUUGAAUACAAUCCAUAA